AUGGCGGCGGAGCGAGAUCCCGAGGGGCGCGCAGCGGCGCGGCCCCUGCUCACCGACCUCUACCAGGCCACCAUGGCGCUGGGCUAUUGGCGCGCGGGCCGGGCGCGGGACGCCGCCGAGUUCGAGCUCUUCUUCCGCCGCUGCCCGUUCGGCGGCGCCUUCGCCCUGGCCGCCGGCUUGCGCGACUGUGUGCGCUUCCUGCGCGCCUUCCGCCUGCUAGACGCCGACGUGCAGUUCCUGGCCUCGGUGCUGCCUCCCGACACGGACCCCGCGUUCUUUGAGCAUCUUCGGGCCCUCGACUGCUCCGAGGUGACGGUGCGGGCCCUGCCCGAGGGCUCCCUCGCCUUCCCAGGCGUGCCGCUGCUGCAGGUGUCUGGGCCGCUCCUGGUGGUGCAGCUGCUGGAGACGCCGCUGCUCUGCCUGGUCAGCUACGCCAGCCUGGUGGCCACCAACGCUGCGCGGCUUCGCUUGAUCGCAGGGCCAGAGAAGCGGCUGCUAGAGAUGGGCCUGCGGAGGGCUCAGGGUCCAGAUGGGGGCCUGACGGCCUCCACCUACAGCUACCUGGGCGGCUUUGACAGUAGCAGCAACGUGCUAGCGGGCCAGCUUCGAGGCGUGCCGGUGGCCGGGACCCUGGCCCACUCCUUCGUCACUUCCUUUUCAGGCAGCGAGCUGCCCCCUGACCCGAUACUGGCGCCAGCGGCUGGUGAGGGCCCUGGGGUGGACCUGGCGGCCGAGGCCCAGGUGUGGCUGGAGCGCGUGUGCGCCCACCUGGGGCUGGGGUUGCAGGAGCCACACCCAGGCGAGCGGGCAGCCUUUGUGGCCUAUGCCCUGGCCUUUCCCCGGGCCUUCCAGGGCCUCCUGGACUCCUACAGCGUGCGGAGGAGUGGUCUCCCCAACUUCCUGGCAGUCUCUCUGGCCCUGGGAGAGCUGGGCUACCGGGCAGUGGGAGUGAGGCUGGACAGUGGUGACCUGCUGCAGCAGGCCCAGGAGAUCCGCCAGGUCUUCCGAACCGUUGCUGCCCAGUUCCAGGUGCCCUGGCUGGAGUCAGUCCCCAUCGCGGUCAGCAACAAUAUUGAUGAGGAGGCGCUGGCGCAGCUGGCCCAGGAGGGCAGCGAGGUGAACGUCAUUGGCAUUGGCACCAGUGUGGUAACUUGCCCCCAGCAGCCUUCCCUGGGCUGCGUCUAUAAGCUGGUGGCCGUGGCGGGGCAGCCACGAAUGAAGCUGACUGAGGACCCUGAGAAGCAGACGUUGCCUGGGAGCAAGGCUGCUUUCCGGCUCCUGGGCUCUGACGGGUCUCUCCUCAUGGAUGUGCUGCAGUUGGCAGAAGAGCCAGUGCCACGGGCUGGGCAGGAGCUGAGGGUGUGGCCUCGAGGGGCUCAGGAACCCUGCACCGUGCGGCCAGCCCGGGUGGAGCCACUGCUUCGGCUCUGCCUCCAGCAGGGACAGCUGUGUGAGCCACUCCCAUCCCUGGCAGAGUCUAGAGCCUUGGCCCAGCUGUCCCUAAGCCAACUCAGCCCUGCACACAGGCGGCUGCGGAACCCGGCACAGUACCAGGUGGUGCUGUCGGAGAGGCUGCAGGCCCUGGUGGACAGUCUGCGUGUGGGGGCGUCCCCCUGAGUCUUCAAGCGGGGCUGCCUGGAAACAAGACGAGUCACUUGCUAACCCCA